CUACCUGUCGGUCAUGCAUUUUUGGCGUCUUCCCUCCUUGCCUGCCUUCCUUCGCUUCCUAUAAAAGUGUUCUCGCCUGAUCAAGUGGCAGGCUUGGAUGUGAAAGAUGCUGCUUUUGUGCUCCUUCGCUUUCUUUUGUGCGUCUCUGGCUGCGGCCGGCAGAAUCCCAAUCCAGGCUGAGUGCGCUCUGGGCCCAAAGUUCUGGUGUGAGGAUUUCAGGAAAGCAGUGCAGUGUGGCGCAGUCCAGCACUGUAUGUCCACCAUCUGGAGUGACCACAAGGAGAAUGAGAAUAUCUGCACUGAAUGCUCUCAGAUGUUUCAGCUACUCUUUGAUGUUCUGGAAAGCAAGGAGGCUGUGGAUCACAUUGAGGAGACACUGAAAUCUGCUUGUUGGCAAUUAUCAAGUGCCAGCUUGGCGACCACCUGCUUCAGCUUUAUGGAGACCAGCUUGCCUGCGUCAAUCAGCUUCUUCCAGCAGCAUGUGAAACCUGACUCUGCCUGUGCAACUAUUGGGCUGUGCAAGUCUGAUAAUCUAGAAAUAGAAAACUCCGAGCUCCUCACCAAUGAUAUUUUCGAUUCAGCCGUUCCAACUGCAACAAGCUCAACAAAACUACAGCCACUGUGCACAUUGUGCGUCUUCAUUCUCAAUAGGUUGGAAAGCCUGAUCCCAAAGAAAAGGGCAGAGGAUUCAAUUAUUAAAUUUUUGAACAAGGUGUGCUCCAGCAUUCCACGUUACACUACACAGUGUCAGAUAUUCGUGACAACAUAUGGCAAAGUUGCAGUCGACUUCCUGUUGUCCUCAAUGGCUCCACAGACUAUCUGCACUUUGCUGCGCCUCUGCUUUAUACAACGGACUGGCCUGCUUCAAGUCAACUCUGAAUCAGAUUGUGCCUUGUGCCACAGCCUGGUGCCAUCGCUGCAGGUGUCCCUGGGUGACAAUGCUACAGCCCUAGAGACAGAGGCCACUCUCAGCUCAGCGUGCUACUCCCACCAGCUUCCUCUUCCUACGUGCAAGAACUUUGUGCAAACAUACAGCCCGAAACUGGUGAAGGUUAUGGGCAAGAAAUGGGACUUUCAGACCGUCUGCAAGGAAAUAGAGGCCUGCAGCGAGGCAGACAUCACACCCCACCUGGAGAACAGUGAAUGCACCUGGGGGCCGACAUAUUGGUGCUUGGACUUGCAAACUGCCAAGCAGUGUAACGCUGUGGAGCACUGCCAGUCUCAUGUCUGGAAAUGAGCAGCACAGAGGCCUGACAAAGUGAACGCAGCGUCAGCUCCACCAAGAAGAUCACUGCAAGUCUCUGUGAUCCUUGCAACAUAAUCCUGCACUAAAUCCUAUUAAUAUACAAUAAUAUGCUCAGCACUCUCAAUGAUUUUUCAAUACAUUUUCUGCUGUAAAUUAACAUGUGCAAUGUCCAGUUAAAAAAAGAAAACAACGUAAUGGCUUUUACUUAAUGUAGACUAUGAAAGUCCUAAAGAGUAAUAUCAUUUCACAGUUUGCUCCACUAAAUCCAAAACCUGCCUUAAAUGCAUAUGUACUAAUCUAGGAUAAGAAAUCCACAAAACUCUUAGCUGACAUUUUGCAUAUUACUUGUGCCACUGAAAAAUGCACUAUGAAGGAUUUCAGCUUUUUAUAUUACUAAAAGGUUUGUUGCACUUAGAAAAUAUAAAAGAUAUUGCAUACUGUACUAGUUUUCCCCUGCCAGACUCUAGUUAAGGUCAUAUCCACCUUAAAAGAACAAGUGUAUGUGUACACUAUGUGCGUCUGCCCAGUUCCUAUGUCUGUCAUUUCAACAAAUAGCAGAAGACAAACAUUUGUAGUAAUAAAAUGCACUGUGUUUGUCAUUCCAUUAGAUGGUGCAUUACAAACAUUAUCAUUGUUUUUACAAAUCCCAUACCAAAUGGCAUAUAGCAUAGACACAUGCAUUGCAUUUGUCAUUCCAACAGAUGGUGACAGAUGCAGUACAAUUACUAUAUGCAUUACAAAACUCAUUACAAUAGAGGACACUAAUAAAUGUUAACGCUGAGUUCUAUGUUGACUACUUAGAUUUUAACCCACCUCUAGUGUGUGUAUAUAUAUAUAUAUAACAUGAAUAUAAUCUUCCAUUGUACAGAGGCUAGUCCAAUAUAUCAGAAAGAAGCAACCUACUAUAUUGAUUGAUAGAAUUUGCCUUAAAGUGAUAGCGAGUUACUAAAAUUUAAAGACUACUGUAUAUGAACAUUUGCACAGUCAAUUUUGAGAUCCUCACUUGCAUGCUAAUUAUGUGCUUAUUUCUAAUGAAUACUUGCCUACUUUUUUGUUGUUAAGCAUAAAGGGGCUAAAAUAUUUGUGAUCAGUGCAGGCUGCACAUCAGUUUCAAAAGGUUUUUCCUAUACAUGAAUAUAUCAACAUUUUAAGAGCUCUGCUAUACAGAUUCAGCUACUUGCUUACUAAAAUCUACCAAUAUAACCUGCAUGUUUUUGAAGUCACCAAUAUAUUAGCUUACAAAAAAUGUACUUUAUUGGAUAAUUUUUUAUAAAAUCCUGCCUUUUGCUAAAGUUUAAUGAGGCUGCAUUUUAAAGUAAUGUAAUUUGUGGAUUGUAUAUACAGGACAGUAUAUUUAAAUAAAAUUUUAAAAGCUUGUAUUGUUCCCUUUGACAUUUCUCAAUAGACAUGCCUGCUGGUUUUAAAAACACGAACCUUACAUGAA